CGAUAUAAAAGUCAAAAAAUACACGUAAACUAAAGAAUCACCGGCCUACGAAAGAACCACAAAGACAUGUUGUUUAAAGCUCAUUAUUCAACCAUAAUUGCAUUUCUGGCGUUGGCGGUGUCCUCCUCAUCAGCCGAUAAGGCCACACCUCCUCCGUGCAAGGCCUGUAGUCUGCUUGCAACAUCUUUUAAAGUUGGCCUGGAACGCACCAAGCGCGGCCAUGGUGGUGGAGAUACGGCUUGGGAGGAGGAAAAACUACGUUCCUAUAAAAACAGCGAAGUCCGCCUCGUGGAGAUUCAAGAGAGGCUUUGCACGGAGGCAGAACUGGUCAACAAAGACCAUUGCCACAACCUCGCCAACGAGCACGAGGCGUUAAUUGAAGACUGGUUCACCCACAAGCAGACCGAUAGUCCGGACCUGCAAUCCUGGCUGUGCAUUGAACAGUUGGCCGUGUGCUGCCCGCGGAACACCUAUGGACCAAACUGUCUGCCCUGCAGCGAAUGCAACGGCAACGGCAAGUGCAAAGGAGCCGGAACGCGAAAGGGCAACGGAAAAUGUUUAUGUGACGCUGGCUACGUGGGAUCUAAUUGUAGGGAGUGUGCACUUCAGUACUACGAAUCAUUCCGCGAUGAGAAGAAGCUCCUGUGUACACAGUGCCAUGCUGCUUGUGGCGAUGGCGGUUGCACAGGGUCUGGUCCCAAGAGCUGUCGCAAAUGCAAGGAUGGCUGGAGCAUGGAUUCGGAAACAGGAUGCGUGGAUAUCAAUGAAUGCCUGGAGCAGCAGCGUCCGAACGCUUGUCGUCCUCAGCAGUUCUGUGUGAACAACGAAGGAUCAUUUACUUGCCUUGAGUGUGAUCGGUCAUGUAAUGGUUGUGAUGGCGAUGGUCCAGACAUGUGCAAGCAGUGUGCGGAUGGCUUUGUACUCAAAGAUAGCAAAUGUCACGACCAAUCCGCAGAGGAGCGCGACUCGUAUGUGAACUUCACGCGAUUACUCACCUACUUCGGCAUGUGCGUGGCAACUUGUGUUAUCUUUCAGAGCUCCACACAUAUUGGUUGGGGAUGUGUUGUCGGUGCGGCUGUUGCCGUAUAUAUUGCCGCUUCGGAGUACUGGCUUAACUCGCCACAAGCUGGCCACAAGCCCGAAAUCGACACAAAGCAAUUAGAGGAACUGAUUAUGAAAUCAUUAUAAGCAGAACUGAGCAAAAAUUGGGCUAUAGUGUUUAUUCUAUGAAUAAUUCGCGCUAGGGCAUACAGACGAUCAGCAGUAUUUCUGAUUAAACAAAAUGUUCAAAAAUAUCCUUAAAGAUUUUUUAUAUUGUUUUGUUUGCAGUCAUCAGCGACUCGGAAACGGUUCUCAGUGAAGAGCCAACGCACAAAGAACUUUAGAUGCCACUGUAACGCAUGCACAUGCACACAUUUCGUAGUCAAUUUUAGUUUUAAUAGGCAAUAAUAUUAUCAAUUAGCAAUGAAUUAUAAGUAACACCGUUCAACUCUAUUAAUAUGAUUUUGUUUGUUCCACUCAAAACUGUACAAAAACUGGCUUGUUCAAUUAGCUCAAGCUCAUUCCUUGUUAUUCGUAUCACAAUUACAUAUUUAUUAUAUUUGGUUUUCAAACAUUUACAAAAUCACAAAUACAUAUAUAAUACACUUAAAAGUAUCAC